AUUAUAAUCUCGCAACCUGUUUACCAUCUAUUACAGUAGUAGUUAUUUUUGACAUUAGUUAAAAUAUUUAGUGAUAUAUGGGUUUAAUCUACUUGCCUAACGAAUCCUCGAGUAAAAAUCGGAAUAUGUCUUCAAAUGGACCUGAAGAGGAAUUGUACAAGAAAUUCAAUCUUAUUCCUAGUGAGGAGCUUGAGUAUGGUCCAGUUUGUGGGCAUGGAACAUUUGGUCAGAUACGUAUUGCGAGGUGGAAAGGUGAACUAGUAGCAACUAAGUCCUUUCAUUAUAAGCAGAAUUUUCACGCCGAAAUCAAACAUUUUCCACAAGAUAAACAUCCUAAUAUCAUUAAACUAUUUGGUAUUUGUCCAAAACACUCAUUGCUAGUCUUGGAAUAUGCAGAAAUCGGUUCUCUUCAUCACAUACUCCAUGAAAGGAUCGAUGUUAAGUACAAUUUAUCUCAUGCCAUUAAUUGGUGCCUACAAACCUCUCGUGGUGUUCAAUACCUUCACUCAAUUAAGCCCAAGCCAAUGAUGCAUCGUGAUUUAAAACCACCUAACCUCUUAGUAUUUGACGAAGGUCGAGUUAUUAAACUAUGUGAUUUUGGAACACUGAGAAUGGUUGAUACCGAAGUGACGAACCAAAGAGGAAGUGCAGUCUGGAUGGCUCCAGAAGUAUUUCAAACAAAAUCUUACUCAGAAAAAUGUGAUAUCUAUUCUUUUGGGAUAAUUUUAUGGGAAAUAUUAUCGCGUCAAAAGCCUUAUGAAGAUAUUACAGAGUCUUGUCGAAUAUUCUGGCUCGUUGCUGCUGGACUUCGACCUCCUCUUUUGAAAAAUUGUCCUGAAGUUUUGGAGCAACUGAUGGUUCGUUGUUGGGAUGAAAAAAUCUCACAUCGACCGGAUAUUCAUUUUGUUGUGGACUGUAUGCAGAAACUUUACGAUUUUUACAUUGACGAAAAAGACAUCUAUAGAUCUACCACAUUAUUUAUUCCUGCGGAAUCACCAACAUCAUCCCAAGAUUAUUCACCUCCAUCAUCAACGCUUUCAACAGACGUUUUAAAUCUAACUCUACCUCUCGACACAGAAAUUAAAACUGAAAGCUUACCAGGUGCACGUUCAAGCAAUUCUUCCGCAUUAGAGAAUUGUGAAAAGAUGCACACUUCUGAGCAACCGGGUCCAUCAAGGAGAACACUUGAUCUGCCUUUGAAAAAUAAUUCAUUCAAUGUUGACAUGCAUUCACCUGUUUACUUAUUUGAUCCCAACGAUACUUAUAAUAACAUUGAUGAUGAAGGCUUCGAAGCUCUACUAUCGCCUGAUCUUGUCCCAACUAAACCCAAUGAAUCAAAUCCUAAAUCAAUGCAACUCUACGAAUUGCACCGAGAAGAAGCUAAAAAUUACCUCAAAAAGUAUUUUAAUAUUAUUGUGCUAGAAGAAAAUCGCAAUGAAAGAUUACAAAGGACGAAAAUGGAUCCAAAUAACGUUCACGAAUCUUCCGAAGAGAAAUUAAAAGCUCGAUUAAAUGCUGAAAAGGAAAGAUAUACCAAGAUGAUUGAAGAGGAAAGGGUUUCUUUGAAAGCCGCUAAGGAAAGAAACCAAUUCCGUCUAUAUGCAAUUGAAGAAGGAUGGGUCGUCGUUGAUUAAAAUGAUGUGUAACAAACUAAUCAUUUUUCAACUUUCUUUCCCAGAGAUUCUGUGGGAAAAACUAGUCAAUUUCAGUAACAGGAAAACUGAUUUAAAUCAUCUCUCCUUCAACAAUUAGCUUCUCUUUUCCUCCUACUGUAAAAAAAACCAAGUAAAGCCUAAUAAGCUCUCAUUUGUGUCAUAAUUGGAAAAAAGUAUUCGCGUUUGCUGCUGCAAGAGAAUCACAAAAUCCAGCUUUCAUCGGCAUUCAAAAAUAAUUUAUUUGUAUAAAAUGUUUUAUUUGCUUUUUCUUGAUCUAAAAAAAGCUUCAAUGUACAAUUUUUCUCGAUUAAAAUGCUCUAUUUUAAGCUGUUAAA